AUGAAGAUUUCUUCGCUGCCAUUUGCGCGCAGUCUCGCGACGUAUGGCGCCGCAAGGCUGUGUGGCGGCGACUCAAAGUCCCGCAGAGGCUCCUCCGCACGCAAGCCUCGUCCAAGUACCCUCAAGUACCCAAAAGUGUAUCCUCAACUGAGGGGCAAGUACCUCGCUGCCUCCGCUAACGUACCCAACUCGGCACCGAUGCAACCAGCCGGUCUCGCUGUCCAUCGUGCCACAGCCACUGGCAGCCAUCCCAUGAUGGCGCUCCCAUCACGCUUCGACACGAGGUACCUCUCGCCUGUCGCCGCUCGCAAGCCCACCCACACCACACAGAGCUUGCGAUUCGAGGUACCUCAAAUCUCCUGGCUGUUAUCCACUGCCAUGAUUGCGACGUUCUUUUCUUGCACCAUUUCUCUUUAUCUCUCGGGCCCGUCCGCUGCGAUCCCUCUCCUGACGACGACGACGACGACGACGACGAUAACGCCAUACGCUGACCAACACGACGCCCACACGCCGCCAGCUUUUGCUUCUUCUGCCCACGUUUUCCGAACCUGGAUCGAAUAUUGUUGGCGUUGCGCGCCUCCCCCUCCUUGCACAACCAUGGAAAAGUUUCCCGAACUCGACACGUCGCAAGCCUUUAACGGCGUGCGCUCCCCAAGCCCCUACAAGUCGCCGUCUGGAUACUCCAACGGGAGUGCAUCUCUUUCGGACCGCGGCGCCUCGGCCAAGCGCGAAAACGGUCACCACCUCCCGGCGCCCGGCCUCGGUGCCUGGAGCACACACAAUGGCUUGGUUCGUGGCCAUGCGCGUCAAAAGAGCCUCAGUGACGCGUUUCGGACGAUUCGCACCAGGAACGGUAGCCUCAGCCAAAACGCUCACGAGCUCGCCGAUGCGCUCAAGGCGCCCGUAUCCCCCAAGCUAGUGAUCCUCUGUAUAACGUGGUACAUGUCGUCCGCCCUUACCAACACCUCCUCAAAAUCGAUCCUCAACGCCUUCAACAUGCCCGCGACGCUCACCCUCGUUCAGUUCGCGUUCGUAUCGACGCUUUGCAUAACCAUAGCAUGGCUCGCCACCAUCUUCCCCAUCCUCCGAGAAAAGAUUACCGCUCUCCAACAUCCCAUCCGACCGCCUACUCGCGACGUUAUCAUAACCACCCUGCCUCUCGCGGCAUUUCAGAUCAUCGGCCAUCUGCUGAGCUCGAGUGCCACGUCGCGCAUCCCCGUGUCUCUCGUGCACACAAUCAAGGGCCUGUCGCCUCUGUUCACAGUCCUGGCCUACCGAUUCAUUUACAAUAUUCGCUAUCCCAAGGCGACCUACCUGUCUCUCGUGCCCUUGACGCUUGGUGUCAUGUUAGCCUGCUCUGGAAAGCAUGGCUUUGGAGGACAGUUACUUGGUGUCCUUCAAGCGUUCCUCGCUGCCAUUGUCUUUGUCACCCAAAACAUCUUCUCCAAAAAGUUAUUCAACGAAGCCGCCAAGGUCGAGAGCGGCGUCGUUGGUACCAAUUCGAAAAAGCUCGACAAGCUCAACCUGCUUUGCUACUCGUCUGGCCUGGCUUUUCUGCUCACCCUGCCUAUCUGGUUCUUUGCCGAGGGCGUCACUCUGCUGCGCGACGUUCUCCAAGACGGCGCGGUCGAGCUGAGCAACAAGCCCAACGCCUUUGACCACGGCCGCCUGACGGUCGAGUUCAUUUUCAACGGCGUCUUCCAUUUUGGCCAGAACAUCCUUGCCUUUGUCCUCCUCUCGAUGGUGUCGCCCGUCACCUACUCCGUCGCCAGCCUGCUCAAGCGCGUCUUCGUCAUCGUCCUCGCAAUCCUCUGGUUCCGCAGCCCAAUGAGCCCGCUGCAAGGUCUCGGCAUCGCCCUCACCAUUCUCGGCCUCUACCUCUACGACCGCACGAGCGAGAGCAACAAGGCCGACCGCAAGGCCCAGGCCAUGACGCAGUCCCGCGCUGGGACGCCGCUGCUGCCUAUCAACGAAGUUGCGGACCGCGGCCGAAACGGCUUCGUCGCGCCGUCCCACCCCAUUUCUCAAGGUUACGGAUAUUUUGGCCCAAGUGCUGGCGACUCCAAGAGAUCUGAUGACUAA